AUGACGGAGGCACACAUUGCACCCGUAUCGGUGCCUGCAGAACAGACAAUAACGGCGCUGGAUUUGCAUCCGCUUAUCUCGCAAUUUUGCCAGAGGCCCGAUCCUGCCGAGGUUACCCCUGUGAAUGCGGACACGCUUCCUGGAAGUUCUGCACAGCGCGAGCACGCAUUGCUUGAGCUCAGCAAAAAACGCGAACAGUACGAUGAUUUGGCACUGGUUUUGUGGAACAGUUUUGGAGUGAUCCCAUCGCUGCUUCAGGAGAUUGUAUCGGUGUAUCCGCUUUUGUCUCCGCCGGUACUUUCCGUGCACGCCUCGAACCGUGUGUGCAACGCACUUGCCCUGCUGCAGUGCGUUGCAAGUCACAGUGAGACGCGUGGCGCUUUUUUGCAGGCGCAUAUACCGCUGUUUCUUUACCCUUUCCUUAACACAUCGUCCAAAUCGCGCCCGUUCGAGUACCUGCGCCUGACAUCGCUCGGCGUUGUCGGCGCGCUGGUAAAGCAGUCGGACAAUGCCGACGUGGUUACGUUCUUGCUUUCCACGGAGAUCAUUCCUCUUUGCUUGCGUAUCAUGGAGACUGGCUCGGAGCUUUCCAAGACGGUUGCAAUUUUUAUUGUGCAAAAGAUUUUGCUGGACGAUCUCGGACUGAACUACAUUUGCCAGACGUACGAACGGUUCUACGCCGUUGCGACUGUGCUCAGUAGUAUGGUGACGCAGAUUGUUGAGACACAGGCGAUUCGCCUUUUGAAGCACGUCGUCCGCUGCUACUUGCGCCUCAGCGAUAAUCCCCGCGCGCACGAGGCGCUUCGCUCCUGCCUGCCAGGUCCCCUGCGCGACGCAACCUUUUCGCAGCUGCUGAAAAACGACCACAUCACUAAGCGCUGCCUUGCGACGCUCUUGCUGAACUUGACGGACCGUGCUGAAAGCUGA